AAAACUCAGUCAAUCAUCAAGCACAUCAAGUCAUAUAGUUCUUCGUCGGUUCAAAGGAAAAUUCGAUAUCAUUUGAGGUGGCCGGAAAGAAUGUCAGCGAAAAGUGAAAAUUAAAACACAAAAAUCCAUACAAUUAUAAUUUAUAAAACGGUAGCAACAAUGACGAGUUGAAAAACGCCUGAAUCUAUGUGAUCUGUCAUAUAGCGUAUUUCAAUAUUGACUAGGGUUAAAAUAAUUUAAAAAAAAUGUAUUUUCCGUACACCGCUUUCCUUACGCUUGCGAUUCUGUGCUUCUCAGCAUCCAAGGGUGAAUUCGAUUAUGAAGGAUGGCUUCAGUUGCGACUGUGGCAUGCCCUCAACGACGAUCCAGUCCCUGUGUGGCAAGAAAGAGGGAAUGUUUCAAUUUUCCAUGUCCGAACUGGUGCUUCAAGUGUCGGACAAAAUGGCCUUAAACCGGAAGAUAUGGCCAGUCUUGAACAACUCUCAUUGACCGAUGCUAAAUACAGACUCAAAAUUACUGCCAGAGGCCCGUCAGGCUUUGAAUCAACUUUUCUUACUUCCGUACCAGCGUGUCAUUUAAUGGGCACCGAAUUGGAAGACAUUCUGACAGUCUGGUUAGACAGUGCUGGUGAGCCUGUCUCGGUGACUCAAGUAUCUCCUGGUCCCUGCAGCCUCGAACGACCGUCGACCACAAUGUGGACAACCAGCGUUCAAGUUAAAUAUCCUGAUGGUGGUCCAGUCCCGGAUACAGCCUCUUAUAUCUUCAAAUUGGAGCGUGAAAAAGAAGCUCGUGAGAGAGGGGAAACUCAGGACAACCGAUCUUUACUCUCGAAAUACUGGAUUUACGUCGUUCUUGGAGUGAUAUUCAUUCUAAUGACAUCAGCAGUGAAUCCAGAAGCUGGUGCGAGUGGCGGCGGUGGUGGAGGCGGGGGUGGCGGGAACGCAGUCCAAAGAUAAAGAUCAUCGUCUCAAAUUUUCUACAAGUGAAUGGUCGCUAGGAGUAUUCGCAACAUCUGAUGAAAAAACAAUUUUCUUUGCUAUUCCAACAUACAUUAAGAUUCGAGAAAUUCACUUUGUCGAUAUUUGUAAAAUAUGAUCUCGUUCAAAAUAAACGCAGCGUGUGUUGAGCGAACAAAAA